CCACAGCCGGCUACAGUGGCUAGAUUUUGCAUACCCAUCGCUGUCGUUGCGGCCCAGCAUCAGUUGUUUUCGACUCGCGUUCUCCUGGGCUGAUUACUAUCCUACCCUUUAUCACCAACCAUGGCUUCUGGUGGUGGCCGAAGAUGGCAACAGUUCUUGCAGGAGCUGGUGAUGAUAGCCGGCACGUCUGCAUCUGCGUACUUUUUAAUCCGUUAUCUUUUAUCGCGCAUCGACUUGGAUCCAGAUAGCCAGAAGAAGGAAGAACAGAGGCGAAAGUCUGCGGCGAUUCUCCGAAGAUUGGACGCCCCCGAUUCUGACGAGGGAGCCCCUGGGGGAAGUGGUUCAGGGCGGCGGCGCAGGGAGAAGAAAGAAGAUCUCGUACUGAAUCAAUAUGAGCAGUCAAUUUCCAUGGAUGUUGUGGCUCCCGAAGACAUUCCGGUGUCCUUCGAAGAUAUCGGAGGCUUAGACGAUAUUAUUGAAGAGUUGAAAGAAUCGGUGAUAUACCCCUUGACUAUGCCUCAUCUCUACGCUUCCACGUCCUCGUUACUGUCUGCGCCUUCUGGGGUAUUGCUUUAUGGCCCUCCAGGAUGCGGUAAAACCAUGCUUGCCAAAGCAUUGGCCCACGAAAGCGGAGCUUGCUUUAUCAAUUUACACAUAUCAACGUUAACCGAGAAAUGGUAUGGUGACUCGAAUAAAUUAGUCAAUGCAGUCUUUUCUCUGGCUAGGAAACUACAGCCAGCCAUUGUUUUCAUCGACGAAAUUGAUGCUGUUUUGGGUACGCGGAGGAGUGGUGAACAUGAAGCCAGCGGUAUGGUCAAAGCCGAGUUCAUGACGCAUUGGGACGGAUUGACCUCGGCGAAUUCCGUGGGGGAGCCACAGCGUGUUGUUGUAUUAGGAGCUACCAAUCGAAUACAAGACAUAGAUGAGGCCAUCUUGAGGCGAAUGCCCAAGAAGUUCCCCGUCAGCUUACCUCCAGCUGCGCAGCGGCUUCGUAUCCUGGCCCUGGUGCUCAAGGAUACAAAGAUUGAUCGCGAGAACUUCGAUCUUGAAUACCUUGUCAGCGCCAUGGCCGGAAUGUCAGGUAGCGAUAUCAAAGAAGCCUGCAGGGAUGCCGCCAUGGUUCCUAUGCGAGAGCUCAUCCGCCAAAAGAAAGCUGCUGGCAUUCACAUGACGACGGUAGAGCCAUGGGAAGUCCGUGGCCUGCGGACAGAAGAUUUUUAUAACCGGACUGGAAGUGGCCUAAAAAUCAUUCCCAAACCCCCAUCAACAAAACGGCCUGAAACCAAAGCUUCAACCGAGAAGGACGAGAAGGAGUGGAGUACCGACUCUGAAGUCGCAGAGGGCGACAACCGGCCGGAGGCUUCGAUACCUACUACCAUUUCUGAGCCGCCAGAGUGAUAUUAUAUUAUCUAUCACUUGAAUGCCGUGUUGUCCCAUGUUGACCGUGCAUGCAAGGCGUUUUGGACAUUUGGACUGCAUGUGUAAACAUCUCUCUCUCUAUUAAUGACGCUUCUUUUGCUGGUUCACAAGAGACGAUGAUUACUUUCUCUAUAUGUAUACACUCCUCUUAAUUAGACCCAUUUACAUCGACGUUUCCAGUUGGCUCUGUAUUGGUUUCCAGAUGAUCAAAAGUGGUGAUUAAAUAAUAUUAUUAUAAUAUCAAGUACAA